AAUGGUAAUAGAGUAAUAAAUUUUUUGAGUUAUCCACAAAACAGAGUGUAGUUACAUCCAAUAAUCAAUCGAAGAGAUAGAAAAUGACAAAAAGUUAUUUUAAAGGAGAUCUUUCUUAAUCUGACAUGAUAGUAUUGACAGAGUCUGAAUUAAAGAGAAUAAAGGUAUAUAAAAGAGAUUAAAAUAGAAUCUAUCAGUUAUAACAACAAAAGAGGAGUAAUUAUAACACAAAAAGUUAAUGGAAGAAUAGAAAGAGAAACAGUUGGCAGCUGCUUAAGCAAAAAAAUAAAGAAUGUUAUAGAUUGAAGAAGAGAAGAAGAAAUCUAUUCCUUUGAGUUAAUAAGAGCAGGAAGAUAAAUUUGCCAAAGAUUCCUUAAUAUCAAGAGUUAAUUAAAAUAUUUAUAUUAUUAGGCAUAGGAAAUAAUCAAUGAAUAAAUUGAUGAUGUAAAAGAAAUGAAUAAAAUGGUAAUGUAUGCUAAAUGUGUAACAAUCAGAGAUAAAUAAUUGUAAGAAAAAAAAGAGUUAUAUGAUCAGUAUAAAAUGCAAGAAAAACGCAAGGAUUUAAUGAUGGAAAUAGAAAGACUUAGAGCAAUUAAAUAUCAUGAAGAAAAAGAUUAGAAGUAAAAACAAUAAUUAAAAAAUGGACAUGAAAUCAUUAUUGAAUAAAUUAAAGAAAGAGAAUUAAUAAGAUUAAAAGAAAAGGAAGAAUAAGAAAGAGAAGGAUAGAUUAUGCUUAAAUAAAUAAAAUAAUUAUAAUAAGAAGAAGCUCAAAAAGCUUAGCUAAGAAAAACUCAUCAAGCUAAAGUACAAGAUGAGAUUCUAGAGGCCAAUCAUAAAGCUAUUUUGAUUAAAGAGAAAAGAAUAUAAGAAGAGAGGGAGGAAGAGGAAAAAAUAUUAUAAUAUAAUUUAUAAAAGAUGUAAAAGGAAGCAGAACUAUUAGAAGAGUAAAAGAGAAUUAAAGAAGAGAAAGAAAGAGAGGUGUAGAGAUUAAGAGAAAUGUAGGAAAAGGCUUAAGAUAGAGCAGCUGAAUUAGAUUUAUUAAGAGCUAAAAGAGCUAUGGAAUAAAAUGAAAGAUAGGCUAGAGAGAAAGAAAGAAAAGAAUAAGAGUUGAAGAUGAAAUUAAAUUAUGAAGUUAUGGAAGCUAGAAAAUUAUAAUAAAAAGAGAAAUAAGAGAGAUAUUAAGAAUAAGUAAAUUCUUUAUUAUUAUUAUAAAUAGGCUAAAUUAGAAAGAGAUGAAUUCUAAAGGGUUAUUUAGAAAUAAAAAUAAGAAAGAGAAAAUGAGAUUAAAAUCUUAUAAGAUAAAGAAGCAUUAAGAAAGAAACAUGCAGAAGAACUUAGAAAAUAAAUUAUUUAGAAUGAAGAGAGAAAGAAGUAGGAGGAAAGAGAUAAGUAUUUUUAUAAUAUUUUAAUAAAAGACUUGAGGAAGGUAAGAAAAUAAAGGAUAAAUUGAAUUAAGAAAAAAGGCUUUUAGAGACCAUUAAAGAUCAUAAGUUAAAGGAUCUUAAUGAUAAAUCAAUUCCAGAUAAAUAUAAGGCUGAAUUGGCUAAGAAGAAAAUUAUUAUUAAUGCUUGA